AUGGAAUCGGCAACGAAAUUCAGACUUGUUGUAUUCAGCGCUAAGCAGUAUGAUCGUUUCUUCUUUGACAUCGCAGCCUCCGAAAGCCAUAAAACACUAUAUGACAUUGAAUAUUUGGAUUUCGCUUUGAACUCAGAAACAGCACCAUUGGCGCGAGGCUAUGAUGCUGUAUGUGUAUUUGUCAAUGAUACACUUGAGAAGGAUACUCUGAAGAUACUGCACACCAAUGGAGUCCGUGCUAUUCUUCUCCGGUGCGCCGGUUUCAAUCACGUCGAUCUUGUCGCGGCCGGAGAACUAGGCUUGUUUGUUGCUCACGUUCCGGCCUAUUCACCUGAAGCUGUUGCUGAGUUUGCCAUUGCAUUGGUUCAGACUUUAAAUCGUAAGACUCAUCGCGCCUUCAACAGGGUACGCGAGAGCAACUUCAACAUCGAGGGCCUCAUAGGAACCACGCUCAACGGAAAAACUGUUGGAAUCGUUGGUGUUGGACGAAUCGGUCUAGCAACUGCCCGCAUUUUCAACGGAUUUGGGUGCAAGAUGCUAGCGUACGAUGUUAAUGAAAAUCCCGAUUUUGCACAGUACGGUUCAUUCGUUGGUCUCGAGCAACUAUUGGCAGAAUCCGAUAUCGUCAGCCUUCAUUGCCCACUUACUGAUUCCACGCGCCAUUUGAUCAGCACGAAGACACUUUCUAUAAUGAAGCCAGGCGCCCUAUUAGUCAACACAUCACGCGGCGGUUUGAUCGACUCAACAGCAGUUCUCGAAUCCCUCAAGUCGCAUCACCUCGGUGGACUAGCACUAGAUGUGUAUGAGGCCGAGAGGGGGUUAUUCUACACCGACCACUCGGGAAAGAUUAUUGACGAUGACGUCUUGAUGCGCUUGUUGACCUUCCCAAACGUCCUCAUUUGCAGCCACCAGGGGUUUUUUACCAAAGAAGCGCUGACAGAAAUCGCCAAUGUCACUUUUGCAAAUCUAAGUGACUUCAUUGAGCGUCGUCCGUGUCCCAGAUCCCUGGUCGCAGGCGGACAUAUUGACAGCUCGAUUGGAGUCCAGCCUGUACGUCUUUAA